AUGGUCUUCGCAGCCACCACUGUCACCGUCAUAUGGCUGGCUUUGCAAUUCUUCUACUCCAUCACAUCAUGGGCUCCAUGGAGUUGGAGUCGUGAAUCGUUCGCGAAAGUCCAAUGCCCCCAAGUCCCACCCAUGUUCCCCGGCGGUAGUAGCGAAGAGCUCUUGGCGAUGGACGAUUUUCUCCAAAGCGCCAAAUUUCGCAAUGAAUCUAUCGGGAGGUUGGCUGGAGCUGUCAGAAUACCCACAAUGUCUUUCGAUGAUCUCGGACCAAUUGGCGAAGACAAGAGAUGGGAGGUAUUCUACGAUUUCGAAGCUUACCUCAAAGGGGCAUUUCCGCUCCUUCACAAGAGCUUGACUCUCGAGAAGGUCAACACACAUGGUCUCAUUUAUACGUGGAAAGGAUCCGACAUAACUCUCAAGCCCACCUUGUUGAUGGCACAUCAAGAUGUCGUGCCGGUUCCUGAAUCCACAAUUACUCAAUGGACACACCCCCCUUUUUCCGGAUUCUACGAUGGGAAGUACGUGUGGGGUAGGGGAUCAUCAGAUUGCAAGAAUCAGCUCAUAGCGGUCAUGGAGGCAGUCGAACUUCUGAUAGAGGCAGGGUUUGAACCAACGAGGACGGUAAUCCUUUCCUUUGGAUUUGACGAAGAGGCUUCGGGCACGCAAGGCGCGGGAUACCUCGCGCCGUACUUGUUUGCUAAGUAUGGCAAGGACGCUAUGGCUGUUGCUGUUGACGAAGGAGCAGGACUGGGGUCUAUUUGGGGCACCAACUUUGCCUUGCCUGGUGUGGCAGAGAAAGGGUAUAUUGACGUUGAUAUCAUCCUACGGAUGCCGGGAGGCCAUAGUUCAAUCCCACCUGAUCACAACGGAAUCGGCAUCAUGAGCGAGCUCAUCACACUUAUCGAGGCAAACCCGUAUGAGCCACAUCUCCACAGCGAUAAUCCCUAUCUCAACUUGAUGCACUGUGGCGCCGAACACAGCCCAGAAUUUCCCCCGAAAUUAAAGAAGCUGUUAUCAAAACAUUCCGAUGGGGCUAAAUCCUGCUUGAAGAAAGACCGUCUAGCCCUGGAAGCCUCAAAAGCCGGCAGACCGAUUAAGUAUUUGAUGACUACGUCGGUCGCGGUAGAUGUGAUUCAGGGUGGUGUCAAAGUGAAUGCCUUGCCAGAACGGAUAUCGGCGACGAUCAACCACCGAAUCAACGUUGGAGAACAUCCGUCUGAUGUCAAAAAAAAGCUCACUCGAUUGGCGUCCAGCAUUGCAGAUAAAUAUAACCUAACUUUGCAUGCGUUUGAAGGAGACGAAACGCCUUCAUCUCUUACUCUGUUGGCGAGGAACACGACGCUGGAACCGGCUCCAGUGACUCCAACCGACGUCAAGGAAGACACGCCGUACAAAAUUCUAUCCGGAACGACGAGAGCACUAUACGGCGCAGACGUCUUGGUCGCACCCGGUAUUAUGACAGGCAAUACUGACACGAGAUACUAUUGGGACCUGACUUCCCACAUUUUCAGAUACGCAGUUGGAUGGGACUCCGAUGACGAAGCCGGCCUUGGGAAUAUCCACACGGUCAAUGAAAGAGCGUCAGUAAAGGCACAUGUUGCGGCUGUCAGGUGGUUUAGCUUUUUCAUUCGCAAUAUGGACGAGGCUAAGCUGGCUUAA